CAUCGUCAAUUUCUGACACAAACCAACUAAAAACCGUCAACAAAGCGAAGAAAUACAAGAAUGAGAUCUGAAAUUGGAAAAGGCAGCAAAGUUUGAAAUUUUGGGAUUUAUCGAAGAUUUUUUCGAAAGAAAUGAAACGAUGGAACCAACAGAUGAGCUAAAAAAAGAUUUAUUGUCUUUGGUUUGGGGAGAAAAUAUUUCUGAAGCAAUAAUAAAACGGUGGUCUCAAGGUUUUGAAUGGAGCCCAGAUGAGCGUUGUGCGUUGACACAAAGACACGGAGGACCUUGUGCAGUUAUUGUACCUGUGCAAGCGUUCUUCGUUAAAAAUUUGAUCUUCAAUGCUCCAGAGAAUAAUGAGGAUUUACCUGAAGUCAAUAAUUGUGACUGGAGAAAUUUACAAGAUGAACAAAGAAAAGAAGUAUUUCUACGAACCCUUCGUGAAAUGUUGGAACGUUCCUCCUCGUCACAAGAAAAUAAAACGAUAACUUUAGUGACUUUUGAUAAAGAUAGGACAACGCCAGAUGAAUCAGAACACUGUGACUCUGCUAAUCAUGAAGAAAUAGAACAAUUUUCAAAACAUUCAAGAUUAAGGCUACACACAUGUUCUUCAACAGAAGAUUUGAUUUCAAGUUUGUCUUCAAAAUAUGAGAAGUUAACACAAAAAUACGGAGUUUUGUCAUUUUUAUACUCAGUUAUUUUAACCAGGGGAAUAGAGAAUAUACGGAAUGAGAUGGACAGUCAGGAUGUUUGUUUGAUUGACUCGAUACACGGACAUGGAAGCCAAAACCUCAUCAACCUAAUGAUUUGUGGAGAAGCUGUUUCAAACGUCUGGGACGGGAUAAAGUAUAUAUCCGGCUUACAAUUAAGAGGAAUACCUUGCCAAUGUGACAUAGGAUUUCUAACGUUACUUGAAAAAUUCAGAUACUGCUCCGUUGGGGAAUCAUUGAAGCGACCAAAAUACCCAAUAUGGAUUAUUGGAAGCGAGACUCAUCUAACACUGCUAUUUACAUUAGAAACUGCUUUAGUGGCUCAGGAAUCACCUUACGAAGUUGCUAUGAAGGUUUUCCAGGAAUAUGACCCUGAAGAUAACGGCUUCAUAGCUGCUGUCUUACUGCCCGAUGUCAUGACCAGAUUAGACUUAGUUGCAGAACCAGAAUAUGUUAAAAUAAUUCAAGAGAAACUGGAUCCAGAAGAACUCGGUGUUAUUUUACAGUCAAAAUUUUUAAAUGAAUUUUUUGCAGACGAUGACAAGAAGUCGGUCCCUGAUUCAUUUCUGGUUCUUCAUUAUAACGGAUUAACACAGUCUUCACAAGAUAGUAAAGUUUUGUUCCAUGAAGGGGCGGCGGUCAUUGUUGAUUGGCAGGAGAGUGGGAACCGAACUUCGGACUCAGUGAUCGAGAGCUGUCUUCAGAUGAGAUGGCCAGGAAUUCAAAUCUCGUGGAAAAAUGAAAUUAUUCCCUCGUUAAAUUAAUUAUUUUGUUUUAUCUAAGUUGGUAUUAUUUUUUAUACUUGGAUUUAAAAUGAGCUAAACUAACAAUUGCCAUAUAGUUUGAAUCAUAAAGCUUAGGCCAACAAAAACCUCAUCAAACACCUUCUUUUAAAUUGUUCAUGUAUAUAACUUUUACCGAUAGAGGGCGAUCCUUUAUGGCUAUUGGUAAAUCCAACCAUUCUGGAAGUUUCAAAGUUGUUUAUCUCCUAACCAUUAUAUUCUAGACUUGUUAGAGCCGAUGUUGACUUUUUGCUUUUUUCAGCUCUUAGGCUCAGAUUCAGUUUUUUAGGCCGUCUAGUCUAGGCAACAGUGGCGUAUCUAUGUGAAAUGGCACCCAUGGCGAUGCGCCCCCCAGGUCAUUGACUAACAAUUUUCAACGAAUGUUGUUGAAUUAACAUCUCGGUACAUUAUUAUUUAAGUAAAAACACGGGGGCUCCCGAAGUAUGCGAACCAAGAUGGCGGACAUCGGAAUGUAAUAUGUGUACUAGGUUAGGGUUAGGCCAUAAUUUUAGAUAUAAAUACUACGGGAGG